AUGACUGCGUUGGCUGGUCAAAUCGCAGAGAUAUGGAUCCUCUACGUUAUUGGCACCGCCAUGAUCGGGGCGCGCAUCUUUUGCCGUACCAAAAUGGUUGGCUAUAGGAACUACGAUUGGGACGAUUACCUCGUUAUUGCAGUCGCUGGAAUGUGGACUGCUGCACCCGUAAUUGGCCAAGUCUUCGUCCAAGGUGCCGAGGGUCGCCAUACCUCCGAUUUGACCUUCGAGGAGAGGAAGAACAUGAGCGAGGAGGAUCGCAAGAAGUGGGCGUAUGGUUCGCAGAUGUUUCUGCUUGGACUGACUGGAUACGUGGUUAUUCUGUGGACGCUCAAGUUCAACAUGCUGUGCUUCUACAGUCGUGUUGUGAGGGGUCUUUGGACCGAGAGGUUUGUGAAGCCGUUGAUGGUGGUGGUGAUUCUGUCAGUGGUGGUGAUCAUCAUUACGCUGGCCGCGACGUGUCGACCAUUUCAUCACCUUUGGCAAGUUUGGCCAGACCCGGGACGCCAAUGUGUUCCCCAGAAUCUUACCUUCUUUGUCGUGAUUUUGGUCUUCAAUUUGGUCACCGAUAUCUGCAUCAUGCUUAUACCAAUUCCGGUACUGGUCGGCAUCCAAACCAAUCGCCUCAAGAAGUUCGGCCUCGUUCUUCUCUUCAGCUUGGGCUUCUUUUGCAUGUUCGCCGCCAUCCUCCGCUUCGUCCUCAUCUUCAACGCAAGCGUCUCAGCUCUAUGGUCAAUGCGCGAAGACUGCGUCGGCAUCUUCGUCGGCCAAGCCCCCAUGGUUACACCUCUGCUCAAGCGUCGCUUCUGGGUAAUGGCAGGCUACGCCACCGACAAGACGGGCAACUCUCAGACUCCGCACUACAACGGCAGUCGGCUCGAGAGCCAUGAACUUCGGUCUGGGCGCGCAAAUAACAGCAAAGUGCAUGACCCUUACUCGAUAACCAACGUGGUUUCUCGGUCCGAGAGCCAAGAGGAGAUCGUGCAGAAGGACCUGCCUUCUUUACCGGAACAGCCGCGUCAGUUUCGGAGUGGUAUCAGGGUGGAGCAGCGUAUCGAUGUCGAGGCAGUUCAGGGGACGUAUACACAGCCGCGAGAUCCUCGAUGGUAG